CAGCGUUCAAUCUCGGUUCAGGACUGUAAAGUGACUUUCAGAAACGGGUUCAACCUAGAGUCCAAUGAAAUAAGAAAUAAAAUGUUCAGCAGAAGACACAUCCCCGAGCAGAUUCCGACGGUUUUGUCGAGAAAAGUACACACUGUCAUGGAGUGUCUCGACGCUUGCUUAAGAUCUGACCGAUGCGUUUCAUUUGAUGUUGAGGCAAAGCCACUACAGUUGAAAGUCUGUAGAAUAUUUGGAGAGGUAGAGAGCAUGCCGCCCUUGGUUGAAGAGGGAAAUUCGAUUCAUUUUAACUUGAGUUCUAAAUUACUACGACAGGUAAGCCAGACUAAAGAUUAAUCAAUCUCUGUCGAGUUUGUAUUUUCAUUUUUGUUUUCUAUUAUAGAAUUUUAUUUUAUUAUUAUUUUUUUUUUUUUCAAAACUGCAGUAAAGGUGCUAAUAUCUUUGAUAUGAGAUUAUUGUUCUGCCGUCUAUCAAAAUAUCUCAAAAACGAUUAUUUUUAAGAGUAAAUCAGAAAGCUAUUUUUUACUAAUUUUUUUUCCUGAUGUUUAGUACUUAGAUUUUAUUUCAUUUGCAGACUAAUAAAUUAAAAGUUAGGCGCAGUCUACAACAUUAUCUCAAACAUUGUAUAUCCACAGACUCAAAACUUAGAACCUCCUAGCACAGCAAAAUUAUCAGUAUCACAAGAUCAGUAAUUCUCAGUAGCUUUUAUUUAAACGGCGACCACUCCACAACGGCCAGUUUCUUCUAGGAGAGCCUUUGAUCAUCUUAACAAGAUGAGGUAUAUCUUAUUACUGGUGGGGCUGCUGGAGGCCUGUGGCGUCACCGACAAUGGUCGCCAUCUUGGAUUUCACCAAGAAUUAGAAAUCCGGUCCAAACCGCGAGAAAAAUGGUAAUUUUUUGUGCUUCAAAUGAAAAAUAACACCUAAAUAAGCACUUUGCAUAAAUUUAGCCACAAUAUCUACUUUUAUUAUUGAAAUAAGUUGAAAAAACAUGUGGCCUGACCACCUGCUAUCUGUGACGUCAUAUCUCGUAACUAUAGCAACUGACCAUCACCGGACUUUUCUCAAAAUGUGCGCAAGGCAUGAACGAACAGCUACUAAAGACGGUCAGGUGCUGAUGUUUUAUCCUCUAGAAAAAACUCAGAAAAACCUUAUGGGGGGCGGGGAUUGGCACACUAGUAGUUACUACCAGUAACUACCACCAACUACUAGUAAGGGACUGUUCAAUAAUUAUCAGGAGGUGGGGGGGCUGAAAAACUAGAGUUAUCUAGCAAACACUUAGACAGUACCCCCCUCCAAAACAAAAAGAAUAGUUCUAACCCCCCUCUGUUAUGUUAAGAAUAACGUCGCACCCCCCCUCCCACCACCUACCCACCCACACACACACACCCACCCCUCACCGCCACCAUUACCAUAGAUGCCUUUAAGUAAAUACCUUUUAUAUUGUCAUGCUACUGUAAGCGUACGCUUACCUGUUGGAUGUCGUCGUCUGGAAAAAAUAGUACCUCAUAUGAAUGUUCAACAAAGCCAUCCUUUUCGGAGUCAUCUGAAUCCAAAUUAGAGUUUUUUUCGGAAGUACUUGUGUGAGAAUCAGAGUCGUAUUCGGAAUCACUGUAUAGGAGUUCUGUGUCACUGUCAUUGGCACUAUUUUUUUCGUUGUUUCGUGUUCCAGAAUGCGAAAAAUCAAGAGCACGUGCUACCACCUCAACUUUACUUCCAGAUACAUGAAGAUUGUUCUGCUUAAGGUAGAUCUUAAUUUGUCUUGCUGUGAGGGAUUUGACUUCAUUUCCUUCUUUCCAGUUAAUGUCUGGAAGGGUACUGCGUUCAGCUUCCCUUUUUUGAGCUUUCAAUGCAAGAAACUCACGAUGUUGAAUAAGACUUAAGGCCCCCCCUCCGUCAAAUGAGUGAUUUUACUUUGAUUUGUCCCGUGCGGAGUGGCACGUGUUUGUUGCGCGUUCUCUCUUGUCUGUCCUGUACUGAUAGAACAUCUCAGUUGUGUUUACUACCUAUGGCCCCCCCGCUGGCCAUGUGGCUGUUUUUCUUUGGCCCACCCCCCCCCGCCUAUCUUGGCAGCAAUUUUUUGUAAUGCCCCCCUCUAGUUUCUCAGCCCCCCACCGCCCUUCUGAUAAUUAUUGCACAGUCCCUAACUACCGACAACCGAUAACUACUAGUAACUACCGGUAACUACUAGUAACUACUGACAACUACUAGUAACUGCCAGUAACUACCAUAGUAACUAACAACAACUACAAGUAACUACUGGUAACUACCGACAACUGCUUUAAACUAGUAACUAUCGAGAACUACUAGUAACUUUCAGUAGCUAGUUAUUAGUAGUUACUGGUAGUUACUAGUAGUUGUCGGUAGUUCGUUGGUAGUUACUAGUAGUUGGUGGUAGUUACUAGUAGUUGUCGGUAGUUACUGGUAGUUGGUGGUAGUUACUAGUAGUUGCCGGGUAGUUCCUAGUAGUUGCCGGGUAGUUCGUAGUAGUUGGUGGUAGUUACUGGUAGUUGACGGUACCAAUAACUACAAAUAACUACUAGUAACUACCAGUAACUACUUGUAACUACCGGCAACUACCAUUAGCUACCGAGAACUACUAGUAGCUACUUAAACUCAAGAAAAAUCCUUUUUCGUUGUAGAAAGUGGUUCUUCUUACCUAAUCAACGAUUUCCAGUGUAAUGCAGGUCGAACCAAUGAUCGUCUGUUUCUUGUAACCAUUAAAAUAAAUACACAAAAGAUGGUUACAAAAUCACAACUCCCCCAGGCUACCAGUUAAUUUAUGUAUAUCUCACGAUUUUUGUUAUUUGUUAACCGAACUGCCUGAUGGACUACGAUUAAUGUCGGAAAAAUUCUGGGGCAUUUUUUUAGUUAAAAGUACAAAAUGUGACGUCACAUUGGCUGACGUCACCAAAAAGUGGAAAAUUUUUUUUUUUUUUACAUUUGCGUGAAACUUAUAUCAUCUGAAAGAGCAUCAGAAGAGGAGAAAAACAACGAAAACCGCUUUUCGAUACGACACGCGAGUUAUGGGACAAAAAAAUAUUUUAGUGCGCCCCCCGGAUCCAUAGUUUUUAUUAGAAAACGAUUGCUAUGAUAUAUUUUUUUUACAGUCUUUUACGAAAUAAGGUGAUUUUUUGGUACCACAAACCUCUCAUUGUGGGCUAAAAUCGUCUGAUUUUAGAUUUUCAUUUUUUUUUAUAUUUAAGAACGCUAAUUUAAGCAGUACAAAAAAUGAUCAUGUGACGUUUUCUGACAUCACAAAUUUGUUUCCCAGGAUUCUGCGUAGUCGGAAUUUUUUUUUUCUUAAUGUUUUUUUUUUCUUUUAGCUUUCGACAGUCCAGAUUUAUUAUAUGCAACUUAGCAUUAGAUAACAAGGGCAAUUAUUAAACAAGACAAACACUCCCGAAGGGGUAGUUCCAGUUUUUGUUCUACACAUUCAUCCAAAUUAAACUGCCAUGUCUCAGCUAAACUAUGAGAUAUUGCAAAAUUGUUUUCAGCUUUAGUCAACUUCCUUUUAUAAGAUCUUUGAGAAAAAAACCACACAAUUUGGAGAUUCAAAAAUUCAACAUUUACGUAAGAAUGACGUCAGCAAACAUGACGUCAUGACUGAAUAUUUUAAGACAUGCUAGCAACUAAUUUGGUUGGUCUUACAUUUUGCUUUUUCAGGCCAACUUUCGUGAAAAAAGCUAAAAAGCCGAAAAGUUAUUGUAAAAUAACAAAACUACCCACGCAUUGAUGCAACAUUUAAAAGAAUUAACAAAAGGAAAAAGUUAUUGGUUUGAAGAAAUUGUGCAGCAAGUGGUAGUAAUAGAGAUAAAGGCAUUAAUUUAAAGAUGUAUCUUUCGUUAUGUGGCACUGGCAGUACAAGGUUGUCAUACAGAUUCCGGAAACAAAAUCGACGAGAUUUAAAUAGCGAAGAAAUAGUAACUAUAUGUAGUGAAUUAAACGACUGACUUUUUUCUAUUCUAAGAUCUUUAUUAUUUUCCCAAGGUCUUAAGUUAUAUUCUUUUCUGUAAAUAGAAUAAAUUAUUAAAUAUCCGACAAUCUUAACUAACAGCUCAAAGUCCGAAUUACGUAGGAGUUUAAGGAACAGACGGUGAGAUGAUAUUUCGAUUCAAAACAAUAUUUUAGUUUCUUCUUAAUUGGGAUUAAAAAGCUUCUUUCUUGAAUCGUCUUAGCACGAGCGCAAAUUUAACUUUACCGAUAAAUUGUUAUUUUUAUUUUAUAGCCUUACUCCCCCGGUUUUUUUUACUGAAUAGUCUUACUGUGUUUUUUUCACUGGCGCCCACCUCUUAAUUCUGAUAUCAUAAUUAUGUUAUGAAUCCUAGACAAAUAAAAAGAGGAUAUUACAUGGCCGCGCGGAGAUACGAAAUUUCUCUUCGAGUGUUGAAAAAUAUUUCACGAGUGAGCGCAGCGAACAAGUGAAUUUUUUUUUCAACACAACAAGAGAAAUUUCGUAUCUCCAAGCGGCCAUGUAAUGUUCUAUUUAUUAUAUAAACACCAUUGAACUACCAAACCAUUUCACUUUAACAGUUUUUUGGUGUGAAAGGAGCGAUUUAUUAUGAAGCCAUAGCAACGGUGAUAUUUUCACAUGUGAAGAUAACAUGUAAUUUUCACAUGUGAAGAUAUCGACAAGUUUUUGCGCGAAAGCUCGCCUGGUAUUUCAUUGGUGUUUACAUAAUAAUUCGUUUUUCUGACUCAUUAUUUCAUGGCGUCAAUUAUGGUUCUAUUGAACUAAGGCAAAAUCGAUUCUCAUUUUGACCCCCGAUAUCAAUCCUUUUUUAAGAACGCGGUAUAUAAAACUUUUAUUUUAAUUUCUCAAUCAGCAGAACGUUGGCUUUGAGAAACUUGAGAUUGAAUUAUCAAGUCGAGUUAGGGCCUCAGUAUCAUUAACACAUAGAUUUGUUAAACAAACUGACGUUUCUGAUUCACUCGAAAUUGUUUUAAUUUACACAGCAUAGUGAAUAAAAUAUUUUCCUAUUUAAACAUGCUAUUUACAGACAAUCGUGUGUUUAUCAGGUGAUCAACCAGUUUCCUUUGCAAAACCGUUUUAAAAUGACCAUGGAAUACUUCAAACUCGCUUUCUUUUCAACUCUUUGUAUUUCUGCUUUAUUUUGGCAAGUGCAUCUCGCCUGUGAUGGCGACGAAUUCCAAAAAUUUCAAGAAAGGGUACAGAUGCGAACUUUCAGUGGAAGUAGGAUGCAUUUAGCCCCGAACGCUUUUGACCACGAACAAAUUUUCAGUGUACUGCAGUGUUUGGAUAUUUGUCUUAGAACUACACAUUGCUUCUCUGUUGAUAUCAAUUUGGAUCAUCCUAGGAAAAUAUGCAGGAUAAAUCCUUUUUUCGAAACACGAAAGCAUUUUCUUGUGAAGGAUGAAAACUGGAAGCACGUUAAUAUAAGUGCAAACCAUUUAAGAAAGGUAUGUCCAUUUACGUUUUUAUUUCAUAAAGUGCACGUCACUUUGUUUUCAAAAAAAUGGAAUUUUUUAAAUUCUGUUUCGAAAGACAUUUGUACAUGGUUUAAGCUGAAAAAAAAAACACUGGGAUAUAUAAACCAUCAAAACAAUAACAGGAAAAUGAAAAGACUCAUGUUUCAUAAAUAUUACAUCGCCUAUUUACUUUGUUUAAAAGCGUAUCUACAAAUUUACUGUAUUUUACGGACGAAAUCAGGUGGCAAAAGGUUAACAAGAAGAAGCUUUAUUUGGCUUGAAAACAUUUCAGAGUACUAAUGUAGACACGUUCUCAUUUCUGCACUUACACACAAUUUUUGAUUUUUUUUUUCUUUUUUUGUUAAGAACUGAACUUAUUCGAGUGUAUUUACGAUAUUGUCAGACUUAAACACCCAUAGAACGUAAACUUUUCCUGGUUAUAUCUUUUCUUGAAUUAUUAGAUAAUGAUAAAAAAGCUUUUACAUAUAAAUAAAAUACAAUAUUUUUCAACAGUUUACUGUAUCGAGAAAAUUAUUCAUUUGGUAAUUAUCGGGAGAAAUGGCCAUUGUUCUCCGAACAUUUACUUAGACCCUGUUUACAUGGAGUAGGGGACCUCGGUCUAGUGGGGUAAGUUUCUUUUGUUUUCACGCUCUGGGGGACACAAAACAAAAGAAACUUACCCCACUAGACCGAGGUCCCCUACUCCAUGUAAACAGGGUCUUACAGUCAGUGAAAGCUUCUAGGUCUUUCAUAUCGCUUAUUGUUAUUCUAAAAUGAUGAACAGGAAUCUUUUUCAUUGGUUACCAUGAACGCGCGACAGUACUCUUCGUCAUGGAGUAGGCAGGUGAAACUAACAAUAGUCCAAUCUCUAUUGUUUUCCCUUUUGUGAGGCCAGAUCACACCUUUACGCAUUUUCAUUACUCCUUACAGAUAACUAAUGAGUCGAAAAUUUUAGUGUCGUUUCCUCGCAUUAGAGUUUUGACGGAGCUCUAACUGAUUACUCUAUGAGUAAGCGGGUGGUAGAGAAAAAGUGGAGUCAAAAAAGAUGUCAGUUUGCCUUUAAUAAAUUAUAUGUGAACGAAGAUAACGCACAACUAGAGUAAUCAGUGCGAAGUUUAGAAUCGGCCUUUUCGCAAAAAAGAGGGACGUUUAAUAUAGACAACGAUAGCAAGAAAUAUUUAUUGAAAAGUUGUGCCGCGCUCUAUAAAGAGAAUUGGAGGCUCUAUGUAAGUUUUCAGUCGAAAACAGGGUCGAAAAUGGUGAUAUUCGCGCAGAUGAAACGGCCAAUAACCAAUCUGAACCUAGAUACGCUUAUAACAUAACCGAAACUGUAUAACUAAGCGUGAAUCAGAUAUCUUGAAAACAAUUUUGUCGGAGUAGCAAACGCAAGCCGCAAGUGCUCUGAUGUCUUUAAAUUUCGCGCGCGACUGGCUUCUCAAUGUUGUCUGCUGUUCAACGCGACCCCGUAUUGUUUUUUCAUGGCAACCAUUGUUUCGACUAAGACAAUAACUUCACGAUCACUCCGACUGCGCGCUAACUUUAAACUUUAUAUUUUCAAACUUAAAAGUCUGCAACUUAACUUAACCGAGUCAAAUUUUCGCGAAAAAGCUAUCCACGUGUAGGUAAGGCUUUUGUCUUAAAUAAUCCGCUCUAUAAUCUGAAGAUUUCUGAUUAUUUUUGAAGAAAUUCGAAGUUUAACUUGGACAUGGUCGUUUUCCAUACUGAAAAUACUGUAAAAAACCUGAUUUUCAAUGUUAAAAGUCUGCACCCAAUUCUUAUUUAUUUUACUUGAAAUUUAGCUGGACAUGAGAAAUUUCUAGAAUUUGAUUGGUUUAGAGCAGUGGUAUUUCAGCUUAAUUUGAAAUACCUACAUGUGAAAAUUACAAACCUUUUGCGGGUGGUAGUAUAAACAAAUAAUAGCAUGACUUGUACGUGAUAUUUGGCAUAAAUACCACUCGUGAUAUUUCAAAAUUGUCUCAAAUUUCACUCGCCUAACGGCUCUUGAAAUUACGUAUAGCAAUUUUGAAAUAUCACUAGUGGUAUUCAUGCUAAAUACCACUACAAAUCCUGCUAUUACCCAUACUAACUUAAAGAAUCCGCUCUAUAAUGUUAAAGAAUUCAUCUUUUUAAGUAGCGAAAUGGCGAUUUUCUGUCACUCUGCUGCGACAAAAUCGCCCGUUUUCUCUAUUAUUAUGCCACUUUCUUGGCACAUUCAUGCCUGAUCAGCCCACCUCAAUGGCUCAUUGAUAUGCAUAAAUGUCCGACCAUUUCUCCCGAUGAUUUCUUUCUUUCUUUAUUUAUUCGUAUAUUUACUCUAUAAUUUCCUUUCUUUUCAUUUUCUUUCUUCUAACUUCUUCUUCUUCUUCUUCUUCUUCUUCUUCUUCUUCUUCUUCUUCUUCUUCUUCUUAGUUCACGUUAUUUGAAGACGUUAUUAAACGUAGAAAUGUAAUUCAAGUCUUUUGAUUGAAUUGCCUGCGGUUAUGAUCUCUCUUUCUCGUUACAUUGGCGAUUUCCAAUUUAGUACUAAAUUUCAGUAUUUUUCUUGAGCUGUUUUUAGCGAAAUUCAAGUUUAAAUAUUUGUUAAUUACCUGCACCUUUAGUGUUUUUUUUUUUUUGCGAAUUCAACGAUAAUAAUCAACUAUCACAAGAGGCAACUGAACUUAACUGCAUUAGAAAACGUCCCGGAUAACUAAAUUUGAGGCUUCUCAGAUCGUGAAAGUCAUCAAUACUAACUAUAAAAUGAAAACAUCAUUAUCAAACUAAAAUAUUGCUGUCUUAUUUGUUUAUCGACAGAUGCUGAGGUCAGCUACCAAAGAUUGUGAUGGUAUGGAAAAAGGUAGGAUGCUGUUCAUAUAAUGACGUUUUUUCACAUCUUAAUCCCAAGCAUAUACUCGUUAAAACAAAGGCUAAGAAAAGAUAAAAAGUUAGAAAGUAUCGUUUAUAUAAUAGCAAACAAGCAGAAAUACAGAAUUGUUAGCCCCAGGUACAAGCCAUUCUUGUCCCCAGUACUUCAUUCAGUAUAAUCUGGGUAGGUGACCGCAGGCUUAGGGUCCAAGCGGUUCCAUCGAAAUAGCCAAAUGUGCUAUUUUUAGAACAACAUGCAGCGGGAACCCGCAAAUUUGCGUGGCUGUCGUGUGAAAUUUCAGGAGAUGGGCCAUCGUCUUUAUUGCGACUUUAUUUGAGUAUUUUCAUAAAUUUUCAAGUGCUUAAGGUCGCUGGGGAAACCUAUCGUAUCUCUGAAUAAAUUCAUAAGGUAAAAUUUUGCUUGUGCUACAUCUUUUACUGUGAAACUCACAAAACCGUGAGCAUCAGUAAUAUUUAUGAAAUGUUAUUGUGUUGCGAGAAAUAAGCCAAUAACGCGCGAGAUAACUAAACCGCAAACAGCAACGGUAAUUAGUUCGCGGUUUUGAGGCUUGCUUGCGUAUCCUGAACUUUAUUGUGAUUGGCCAGUACCCAAUCAACAUUCCUAAAAAUUUUCAGUUGUUCACGGUUUUCUAAGUUUUACAGUAAAACGGUUAUAUCUCGGGCUAUUUUAGAGACGAUUCCAUAAAAAUUAACAGAGACAUAGUGAAAUGAUGGAAGUUUAGAUAGGAGGGUUGCUUUAAUAUUAGGUAGAUCGCGCUUUACAGAGAUGCUUUAAGCCACAGUUGUUCCAUAUUGGGAAAUCGUGAUUUUGUGUCCAAGUUUCCCGAAAGAAUAGAAGAUAAUAGCAGUAGCUUGUGGCUGAACCCGGCUGGAAUGGACCGAUGCAUUGCUACGGUAAUUAACAUGAUGAGAAUUUCAUUCACAGCCCUUAUAUUCAAAGUUUUUGUUUAUGAGGUUAUUCUUAAGGUCUUGUCUCAAAUUCAAAGGAGGGAAUGAUGACAGAAAUUGAAUUUAUUCAACUCCUAUGGAGGUAAUUUCUGUCGCCAUUUUGUUUGUUUAUCCUUUGCGCAGCGCCCUCCCAAAAAUAGGCAGCUGUUUCGCCAUUCUUGUGCCCAUUUUGUAAAUUUUUUGUGAUCAGGUCUAUAUAUCCUACGUUCCGCGGUAUAUUCGUUUGCUGUCCUUCACAGUUUAAAUGUCAAUUUGUUACUUAUUUUGGGGCCGUAGGUCUUCUAUACAUCCAAUAUGCUUUUAAUUUUUGCAUGGCUUUGCCCAUGUUUCUAAGGUUGGUUUUGUCCAUAUUAAAUUUUCUUUCCGAGACUUCAAAGCGAAACUUGGACUCUUGCCCUCUCAGAGACACGUGUUAUGGUGUGUUUAUGUGACUGUAGUUGAAUGUCAGGGCUCUAUAACGGAGUGAGCGGGUAAUUUUUUAGCAGGGUUCCCUGUUUGUUCCGCCGUACUGAUGAGCCACAAGAAGGACGCAACAGCUGCCUACGUAACGCUACAACCCCUUUCUGUUUUUUGGUUCUUUCGGUGUCGUGUUGAUGUCUUGCAUAGCUAAUUUUCACGUAGUACGAUCAGCUUUGAAGAAUUCAAUGUGUCUACUUUGUAUAUUCUCGCUGAUCAGGUCUUCUAUAGAUCCUACGUUCUGCGGCAUAUUCGUUUGCGGUCCCUUGCAGUUUUCUGGAAAAAAAAUGCGCGCGCGUGUCACAUUAGAUGGCACAAUUUGGUGCUAAAAAAUAGCAUAUUUUGCAUUUUCGAUGGAAUCAAUGCCAUUGCUGGAAAAGGGAGCCAAAUACGGUCUCCAACCCCAAUUAUGGCUCCUGAUAUAAUGUUAUUAUAUUAUUAUUGUUAUUAUUAAUAUUGUUAUUAUUAAUAUUAUCAUAAAUUGCAAAUAGGAUUUUAUAGUUAGCUUUGUUAUCAAUACAGUUUUUAUUUAUUCAUUGUUAUUAUUAUUAUUAUUAUUAUUAUUAGUAGUAGUAGUAGUAGUAGUAGUAGUAGUAGUAGUAGUAGUAGUAGUAGUAGUAGUAGUAGUAGUAGUAUCCAGCAAGAGAAGUGCAUCUGCUUAUUCGAAAGAAUAAAUGAGAUUAUUAUUUGCAGCCAAACAAAGUUGGACGACAUUGCGCAUGAGCAGACCACUAUUUGCAGGCAGUUUUUUGCAGGUCACUUGGUGGGCUCUCUGCCAAUGAAAAGGAAGAAAAAUUUGCAUAGAAUGAUAAUCACAACUUAUUGCCUGUUAGCAUGGAAAAAAUGAAUAUAAUAAUGCUGAUGAUCAAAAAACGAUGACAAUAACUUUCCAAAGCUAAAUGUUACAAGACAUUUUCACUUAUCAAUUUUUCUUGUUUCAGACGGCAAAACCAAUCAGCCGAUACUGUCGACUCAAGCUAGACUGGAUUCUUACUGCGCCACGGAGGCCCCUAAUUUGGACGGGUGUAAAUACAAAAAAGUACAUGAUGGAAGCUGCGUUGGAAAGUGGACGGCUAAAAUUAUCAACAUGAGAUUGUGCUGCGUAGACCUAACACGUCCGAGUCAGAACUGUUGUUGCGAAAUCCCAUUUAAUUAG